AUGGCGCUGGGGAAUAGCUAUGUGAACGAGGGUCUGAAUAUCGAUAUGUCAGUACGUUACGCUUACGGUCAUGGCAUUAUUGACGAAAAGACAUGGACCACACUGGAGAAUGAAUUUUGUCACGGCUGUAAUGAGACGUGUGCUUUGACCCAAGUGAUCGUCACUUCUCGGGAUUUUUCAAAGUAUUCGAGACGCAUUUCUUGCACUAUUGGUGAGCUUUGUCCGUUCUGCUGA